CCCCACCUCACUCCCCAUCCCGGUAGAGCCCGGAAAAGUGAAGUGAAUCUUCUGCUCUUUUCAGAGCGGACUGAUCGCAAAAGCAACCAUUUCAUAGCACAAGGAAUAGCAGAGGACGUGCGACCCCGAACCUGCCAUGGAACCAGGCUGGGGCGGCAACGUGUACGAAGAGGCGGAGGCGAACCGGGUGGGCGCCGCCAACCGAGAGCUGGAAGACGUCAACGAGCCGCCUCUGAACGGACCAGAGGUUCAAGCCUGCUGCAAAUGCAGCUCAUCCUGCACUAUGAUGAGACCUAUCGGGAGGUGAAAUACAGCAACCUGGAGCUGCAGAAUAUCGACAACAGGAUGUUGAUGGGCAUCAAUGUCACACCAAUUGCUGCACUGCUCUAUACUCCGUUACUCAUCAGAUUCUUUGGCACCAAGUGGAUGCUGUUCUUGGCAGUGGGCAUUUACGCACUCUUUGUCUCCACCAACUACUGGGAGCGCUACUAUACCUUGGUGCCAUCAGCUGUGGCCAUUGGGGUUGCCAUUGUUCCUCUCUGGGCCUCCAUGGGCAACUACAUCACACGGAUGGCACAGAAAUACUAUGAAUUUGCAAACUAUAAGAUGGAGCAUGUCCAGAACCAGAAACGGGCCCCACGUGGAGCUUACAACUCCUACAUCAUUAUCUUCCAAACUGUUUUCUAUGGCUUUUUCUAUCUGAGUUUUGUGUGGGCCCAGUUCCCCAUGUUUUUCUUCCUGACACAGUAUCUCUAUGACUUGAACCACACACUAUGCAACGUGCAACAUUGUGGCACCAACAGCCAUGGAAUCCUCACAGGGUUCAACACCACCGUCCUACAGAAAUUGCCACGUAGCAGUGAGCUCAUCACAGUGGAGAGUGUGCUCAUGGGAGUGGCCUUCUUCUCCAUGCUCUUGGUGCUGAUUUUCUGUGGCUCAGCCUAUCGCCCCACAGAAGAGAUUGAUUUACGUAGUAUUGGCUGGGGCAACAUCUUUCAACUGCCUUUCAAGCACAUGCGAGACUACCGCUUGCGCCACCUCUUCCUCUUCUUCAUAUACAGUGGCUUUGAAGUGCUCUUUGUCUGCACUGGUUUUGCACUGAGCUAUGGUGUCUGUUCCAUUGGCUUGGAACGUUUGGCGUACAUCCUCAUUGCUUAUGGACUCUCGUCUGCUGUUUUCUGCACUCUGGGUCUCUCUAUGCUAUGGCUGCCUCGCCAGGUGCCACUGGUGGCUGGAGCUUGUAUCCAUGCCAUCCUAUUGAUUGCCCUCUUCUGCUGGGAACCAAAGGCGAAGAGCUUAACUGAAGAAUAUGUAUUCUACGUAGUGGCUGCGCUCUGGGGUCUUGGCAGUGCCCUCAAUAAGACAGGCCUCAGCUCACUCCUGGGGAUGCUUUAUGAAGACAAAGAGCGACAGGACUUCGUAUUUACCAUCUACCACUGGUGGCAAGCCCUGGCCAUUUUUGUUGUUUAUCUGUGGUCUGGCCUGCCCAUGAAGGCUAAGUUAUCCAUCUUGCUCCUUACUCUGGUAACUGCAGUAUUAUCCUAUCUGUGGAUGGAACGUAAAAUAUCCCAACUUAUUCCACAUCGCCUCCCCAAGAUUCCCAGGCCAUGCCACAAGGUCCGAGGCUACCGUUAUCUAGAAGAGGAGAACUCGGAUGAGUCUGGCUCAGAAAAAGAGGAAGAAAGGGAGGGAGACUCUUCAGAGGGGGAGCUGGAUGGGGAAGAGCCUCAUGAUCAGUGGGAUCAACCUCGUUGCCAGAACAGAUGUGCAUAUGAGCAGGCCCAGGAAGAGGAUAAUAUUGGCUAGUUCCUGCCCUUGUCCCACUCUUUGGGCACUAGCCCUGCCCUUCUGCUCAAGUCUUGACUUGAGAUUCAGGUGCCUUAAGUUUUAGCCUUUCUCCAGGACUAAACUCAUCUGCUAUCAACCUGACAUGAUUCACCUUUGUUUUGAUAACAAAGGACCCUGUGAGUGUUUUCUUCUAUGGCCCUCCAUUCACCAUAUUUAGGUACUUUUGAAUCUCCAGAGAACAUGGAGAAAAGAAACACACUUGGUGGCAAAGGUUAUAGGCUCCCCCCUUGCCUAGUUCUCUGUUUUUAAUUCUGGGAAAUAACAGACCCAUAGAUGUUUUACAAUGCAACCUUCUUGGUGGUGGAGAGAAUAAUCAAGUAUAUAGCCUUUAUUAUUGUUCUUUACAAGGAACUGGCAAUAAAAUUUCAUUAUAUUUUCAUACAUCUUUUA